AUGGGGGCGCAGGCUUGCACUGCUCAGCGAGCCCUGCCGCACCGCUUUCAGGCCGACGCUCUUCAGCAAGCUGCGGCCACUGAUUCCCCCGCUGCACAGGCACUGCGAGCAGCUGUGGAAAGCCGCAUUGCCGCUCUGCCAGAGGCGGAGCCUCUUUGUACUGAGCAUGACCGUGUAAACACCAUCUUGUUGGAAGAGGCCAGCAAAGCCUUCCCACUGACAAGUAAAGUUGAUAACCGGGUUAGUGCUCACCCUGCCUUUCGUGCCUCGGCCAGGGCCACCUGGCAGCUGCACAGCCAGCUUCGCAGAUCAGGCCUUCCGUCCCUCCGCAACAUUUGGUCGCGGUGGAGGCUUUACACCGCCUUUACCCGAGCCUCUGCUGCCCUUCGCAGGCAGCUCAAGAGAUCCUUCCAGCUGGAACAGCUUCGUCAGGCCGAGGAAGCAGCAUGCAAAGGGGAUCAUAGAGGGCUUUUUCUUGUAGCGAAGCGACUUGCACCACGGACGGCGAGUGGGGUCUCCCGCCUGCAGGGGGAAGAUGGGAAGCUUCUUAGCGGGCAGGAAGAGAUGGCUGCAAUGAUCAAGCACAGCCGUGCUGCAUUUGCCAGCACCCCGGAGACAGGAGAAAUGAAACCACUGAUCGGAGAAUUCUGCUUCGACGCUACCUACCUUCGGCAGGAGUUGGAGCACCUGAACAUUCGGAAAGCGGUGCCGAGGCACAUUGCACCCAAUGCCGUAUGGCGGCUCUGUGCCACCACGGUGAGUGAGCGCCUAGGUCCCUGCUUCGAAUUGCAUCUACAACCCCACAGCCAGGCCCGACUGGAGGGAGACCUUCAGGAUGCACAUCCAGCGCAGUCGCCCGUCAAAUCCUGGGACACCUUAGACCCAUGCUUGACCACUUACCACAAUACGCAUACUGCGAGGGCCGGGGCUGUGGUGAUGUCAUCCUCAGAGUCCACAAUCACUUCGAACAGGUUGCUCUUCUACAGGAACCAAACCAACAAUCGCUUCAAGAUGUUCCAUGGGGUCAGUGAGCUCACUUGCUACGGAGGGAUAUGUCUGUCUUUGGAUCUCACUAGUGCUUUUGAUAGUGUCAGCAGGGAUCUUCUGAUACAAUCCCUUACCGACCAUGGCAUCCCGAACGACUUGGUCAACAUUGUCCAGCAGCUUCAUAGGGGGGCCAAGUAUAUCUUCCAAACAGCCACGGCCAAGGGGCAGGUUACCACCACAAAUGGCAUCAAACAAGGGUGCAGAGCAGCCCCAACACUUUGGGUUAGCUUUACCCUGAGCAUCCUGGAGCACCUCAUAUACAAGCGAGAUCUAGCUUGGCUUCAGAAAGUUCUCUCGGUUUUUGCGGAUGAUGUCUGUGGACACUGGAAAAUCGAAUCGAUACGGGAUUUUGAGCAAACCCUCAGAGACCUCACCCUCCUGCUUGAAGUGCUUGAGACUUUUAAGCUUAAGAUCAACCUUCAGAAAACUGCGUUGCUCAUCAGCUUGAAAAGCAAGGAGGCCAAAGACCUUCUUCUGAAGCACACCCGCACCAAGGCAGGAGAGCGGUUCCUCGUUCUCUGGGUUCAUGGUACAGAAUGUCUACUCAAAAUCAAAGAUUCGCACACGUACCUAGGCACUAUCAUCGCAUACCGUGGACGUCAGGAUCUGAAUGUGGCACACAGGAUAGCUGCAGCGCAAAGCCGGUACCAGCAAAUUCGCAAGGUCCUGAAUGGCAAAGGGCCUCUGUCGACCAAGCACAAGCUCCGACUCUGGACGGCUUGCAUUCCGCCGUGCAUGCUCUACUCCUUGGAGGCCACGGGCUGCACCACCAAAGGAUUGCAAAAACUCAAAGUGCUGGCCACCAGGCACUUGAGGGCCAUCCUGAAAUCCCCGGCACACCUCACACACAUCAGCACUUCUGACAUAUGGGCACAAGUCACCACACUGCCGCCGGAACAAGCCCUGCUCCAGAGACUGCAGAACCUUUGCUCCCGCAGGGACCCAGCAAAGUGUGCCACGGGCCCGGACCUCAUAUGCAACGAUCAGGUGAGAGACCAGCUGCAAAACCUGCUUGUGGCCUUGCAGGGGGCGAUCCAAUGCAUGGCCGAACCUGGGCCAGGCGAGGAGGAACCUUCUGCCUCUUUUCCCUGCUCGCAUUGCGAACAGGUUUUCUUGACUGCGCACGCCAGGUCCAUACACCAUGGACUGCAGCACAGCGACGAGGAUCCACCACCGGAUCCGAGGAAUCGCCCGAGCUUUCAUGCACCGACCCACGCCAUAGCGGGCCUCCCGACGUGCAGGCUAUGCAGGCGAAAUUUUCCGCGGUGGCAGCAGCUGAAGCUCCAUAUCACGACAGGAGCAUGCCCACGCCUUGGUGGCUCUAGCCAUAAGCUUAGUCCCCUUCCCGAAGAUAAUGCCCGGAUGUCGGCUGCCAUGCCUGCACAGGUCAGCCACCAUGGUUCGGAUGCGGACCCGGCGCCGGUCCCUAGGGAACUUGAGCUUGAGCCUGAAGCCACGGACAUGAUGGCGGAGAUCUUCGCACACUGCAUGCCCUCGGGCCAGCAGGCGGAGCCGAAUCCGGCCAUAGGCCAACAGCCACCGAAGCGACCUCGGCCGGAGCCAACUCGCAACCCGGGUCGUCAGCAAGGACGGAGACCUCCGGCCGCACCCUUCGGCAAUUCUUCAGGCCAGUUCGGACAGUUCGGGCAGAGCUACCAGCGACGACAAGUCUAUUCUUCCGGCCCUGCCCGAGAAUGGAAGGAGCGCCAGGCUGCGGGGGAUCAAUCGGCAGCCUCCUCCCAGCGGACAGUGCUCAUCAACUGUCUACUCCGAGAACUACUUGCGAGAGUCCAAAAGAUCACUGCAACGGAAGCUGGAAGGGAGAGCCUGAGAAAGGCCGAGUGGCUGGACAGCAACAAUGCUUGGACAUAUCUCCGAUGGUCCCCAAAGCAGAGGAAGCUGAUCAAGGACGAUCAGAAGGAGCCCCUGGUUCACGACGAAGCAGUGAGGACGAUAACCGAACUGCAAAAGAUGGUCACGGGGACCCUGAUUCACAAGUUCCAAAGCACGGUGAACCUGGCCAAGCUGGAGGACGAAGGAGCCCAACAGGCCGUUUUCCACUUGGGCAUCUCACUUCGGGGAACCAAUGCCACGGAGAUCUACGAGCUAUUCCUCAAGCUGGAAACCAUGGACAACAUGAAAACCUUCCUCUUGAGAAAGUACGGGGACGGAUGGACCGCUGCACAUCUGAGCCUCCUCGAGUUCCACGUGAAGGAGCUAGAAGCCCAGAUGAUGAACAUGCAGAGGUACGGCGCAGUACUUGCGGGGUGCUUAGCUGGAGUUGGCGCUGCCUUCCUCGCGCACGCCCUGAAUUCCCUCACCAGCGGCAUAGUCGACGAAGAGGAGGAUUAUGUCGCCUGGAAUGUCAUCUCAGCUGCCUUCUCUUUAAUCUGGUCUAUGGCUGAAAUGGUGGUUUGCUGUAUCGCGGCCCUGGUGGCAGCGGUGAGGAUGACUCGCAUUUGUGGCAUCAAUCUGGUGCCCAUGGACAAAGAGCGCGCCAUGCUGGCAGGUUCCUUGGCACGGUGCGCUCUGGAGCUCGGUCACCCUAGUGUGCGAACCUUCGGGAUCAACCCUUAUAAGCGGGUCAACAAGUAUCUGCUGUUGGUUUAUGCCCUCAUCUACAUGGGCAGUCGCGGGAUUACAAAAUUCUUCAUUAAGCUCCUCGUCAAGAAGGUGGCCCCGCGAACAUUCGUCAAGGCUGCCGACAUGGCGCCCUUGGUGAUUGAGGUUCUCAUCAAUGUCCUUUUCAAUUUCAUCACUGUCAGGUAUGCCAUGAGUGAGGUUAUGAUCUGCUCAAUUGGUCCAUCUGCGACAGUGGAGGUCACCAGCCAGCUCAUCAAAGCACAUCGCCAGACCUCCGACGUGGAGGAGCCCUUGUCUGACAGGGUGAAGCUGCUGGCUUUGCGUGCUGUGGGAGUUUCCAUCACAUACAAGAUGCAGAUGCAUCCAAACAGCCGCGUGCUGCUCAACCACAUCGUCGAGCUUUUUGCCGACGAAAAGUUCGUCAAGCGGGCAACGGAGGAGUAUGGGGACAUGUUGGCAAGGCGUGCAGCGUUUUUGAACUGCGUUUUGCAGCUCACUUACUUGCUUGGUUCCCGCGUAAGCUCCGCAACAAUGGGCUCCAUCCGCUUGAUUCGCCUGAACUUAUUACUUGAAGGGCAGCACAAGAGCAAGGCGAAAACUGGAUGA